UCAGUACAAAUCAUAGAAUCCUUUAAAUAUUUACGGUAUGUAAUCUGAUCAGUAAAGCAAUUGCACUACGGCUCAAGUGCACUCGUUACCUCGUUACCUUAUCACAUCCUAGGACAUCAAAGUUUGAGGAUACGUUUACCCAUUUAUAUAGAGUCAGUUAAGUGUUACACUAUUCAGAUAAGUGAUUGGAUUCGUGAAAAUGUGUCGUUUUGAUGUGCUCCUUUUGAUAGUGUUGUGCGUGGAUUUUGGGAUGUGUUACGUCAAUUUGGCUGACGUAGAAUGCGGUCUAGUGAUGGGUCGCAGCGCAAAGAUUGUGGGAGGCAGCGACAGUCUCCCCGCGGAGUUUCCCUGGGCGGCCAGCAUUUGGAGACAGGGCACGCAUCAGUGCGGGGCCACUGUCAUCAACGACAGGUGGUUGUUGACUGCUGGACAUUGUAUUUGCAGUGUAUUCGACGAGAUCUACAAAUCUAAACAACUGUCAGUUGUGGUCGGAUAUACCGACAUUUCAACCAGCGAGCAGAAUGAGAAGCUUUCCAAGAUCAUACCUCACCCAGAGUACAGAUGUACGAAAAAGACAAACGACGUAGCACUUCUGAAGACUGUCCGCCAGUUGCAAUGGACGAAUGUGCUGAGACCUGCUUGCUUGCCGCAGCCUCUCGCCUCUGACUACAGCGGCGAACUAGCCACUGUGGCUGGAUGGGGCUUCACGAACGAAGACAGAGGAAUAGGUACCCGACCAAAUGUUUUACAAAAAACUGAUGUAGUGGUAGUAGAAAAUAAAGAAUGUAACAGUUGGUACGAAUCAAAAGGAAGCAAAGUAAGAAUUGUUUCAACACAGAUGUGCGCAGGACAUGAAGAUGGUGGACGUGAUUCUUGUUGGGCUGACAGCGGUGGACCACUUAUGGUAAAAGGAGAUAAAGGCCAUUCUACAGUAAUCGGGGUAGUUUCCACUGGAAGCGGCUGUGCUAGAGCUAAAAUGCCAGGAAUCUAUACCAGAGUGUCUAAAUACACGGAGUGGAUCGUUUCAAGUGUCAAUGAGGAUAGUACAAGAUCAGGAUUAAAUUGGUUUUUUAGAAGCGGGUGAUCGGUUUAAGUUAUUAAGAUUUGUUACUUUAUAGAGAAAGAAAAGUUAGAUAAAGAUACACUUCACGGAACAUAAAGGAAAUAUAAUAUUAAAAAUAAAGUGUACAACUAGCUUGAUGUGAUUCCGAAAGGUUCAAUUUAGUUACCAGGUAAUCUAGUAUACCAAAUAAUAGAAAGAGAAUUUUAAAUUUAUUUAUUUAUUUCCAACUAAUGCAACUACUGUGAUAUUAUAAUAUGAUUAUUUUUAUAUAAGUAACGUAAAUUAUUGUGUUGUUGUUAUUAAUUAUUAUUUGUUUAAAAUGAUUAAAGUUGUU